AUGUUGCUGCUGACUCUGCUGCUCUGCUUCAGUCCCGCUGCUCUGGGGCAACUGGCGGAGUCCCAGUUUGAGGAUGAUGUUGAUCCCGAUCAGGCAGACUUUGAUUUGGACUUUGCGCGCAGGGUGCCACGGCAGCUGAAACCUGUUAAGGAGGCCAAAUCUCACAUCCAAGAGCUGUCCAUCAAGACCACCAUCAUCUCCCGCUACGCGUUCACUGCUGUGCACUGCGCCAUGCUGAACCGGUAUUCUGCUGCGGCUGAAGGCCUCUUCCAGUUCCAGAUCCCCGCCGGAGCCUACAUCUCCAACUUCACCAUGUAG